AUGAAAAUAAUAUUUUUUCUUUUCUUUCAGGCCAAGCGUACUAAGAAGGUCGGAAUCACCGGCAAGUACGGUACUCGCUAUGGCGCAUCGCUCAGGAAAAUGGUGAAGAAAAUGGAGGUGUCUCAGCAUUCUACCUUCACUUGCCAAUUCUGCGGAAAGGAUGGUAUGAAGAGGACUUGCGUGGGGAUCUGGGCGUGCAAGCGGUGUAGCAGGGUUGUCGCCGGCGGUGCCUACACAUUGUCCACAGUGGCGGCUGCGACGGCGAGGUCCACCGUCAGACGUCUCCGCGAAGUCAAAGAGCAAUGAGCGCCGGUGUUGUAUUUUCGGUCUCUCGAAUACAUGCACUUGUUGAGUCGCUUA